CACGCUUUUAAAGGAGGGAGAGCGGACAGGAGGCUGAAGGUGCUGCUGUCCCAAAACUGGAGAUUGGACCGCUGCCUCCUAUGAAUCACUUUUACUAGGAGCUCAUAGAGAAGCAUAAACAGCUCAUAGUUCAGAAAGACGGUGCUGGAGCUCCGGCUUUUCUCUUUAAUAUCCGUCCUCAGAGAGGAGCACCAGACCAAAUCAGGAGGGGAAGGACUGCGCUUUCUGCACACAGAGUUAUCAGCCUGCAGCUUCUCCACAGCAUAAUCAUGGAGUUGUCUCUGGCUCACCCUGCUAUCAAAGCCUUCAUGUGUGGCUCUCUGAGUGGAACCUGCUCCACUCUGCUCUUUCAGCCUCUGGACCUGGUCAAGACCCGCCUGCAGACUCUACAGAACAGCGUGCACCCUGGUUCAGGAAGGGUUGGCAUGGUAACAGUGUUCCUCAGUGUUGUGAGGACAGAGAAGCUGCUUGGACUGUGGAAAGGAGUCUCUCCAUCGUUUGUGCGCUGUAUUCCCGGAGUGGGGAUCUACUUCAGCACCUACUUCAGCCUGAAGCAGCAUUUUUUUAGUGACAGGGCUCCGGGCCCCGUGGAGGCCAUGCUGCUGGGGGCUGGAGCCCGGAGUGUGGCAGGAGUGUGUAUGCUGCCGGUCACUGUCAUCAAAACACGCUUCGAGAGUGGGCGCUAUAACUAUGGCAGUGUGGCAGGGGCUUUGCGGAGUGUGUGUCAGACUGAGGGUCCGAGGGCACUCUUCUCUGGCUUGACAGCCACCCUGAUGCGUGACGCACCGUUCUCCGGCAUCUACGUCAUGUUCUACAGCCAGGCCAAGAGCACACUGCCCAGCGAGAUAAGCCAGUCAGCCUAUGCACCCUUGGCUAACUUUAGCUGUGGGGUUGUGGCUGGUGUGCUGGCCUCUCUGAUCACUCAACCUGCAGACGUGGUUAAAACUCACGUCCAGGUGAGCCCCCAUCUCUUCAAGAGGACCACCGAUGUAGUCCACUACAUCUACAUGGAGCAUGGUCUGGUGGGAUUUUUUCGUGGUGCUGUGCCACGCUCUCUUCGGAGAACGAUGAUGGCGGCGAUGGCCUGGACCGUGUAUGAGCAGCUCAUGGCUCGGAUGGGCCUUAAGUCGUGAGAGAGAUGGAGAGAGAGAGAGAGAGAGAAGGACUGAAGAACUAACAGAUAAAAAGGAAGAAGAUGAAAGAAGAAAGUAGCAAAAAGAGUUUGAAGAGACUGGCCUCAGAAAGUGUAAGGAAGGCAGUAAAGACAGAUUUUGCACGGAGUCUGCUGUUUCAGAGCCAGUGGAGUUCAGCAGUGGAUCCGGUCUGAAUGCUAUUGCUUCAAAGAGUUUGUGUUUACACUGGAGAAAGAGAAUCGGAUCAGACAGUCUUUUAAAACUGACUGUUUGCUUUCAGCUCUGGGCUAUCCAGUCGUACAGUUGAGCACAAUUUCAAAUGCUAAUCACCACUGGAUUCACCCCAGAACUGGGGCAUUUGAUUCAGUUUGAGAGUGUUUACACUGCUGACAUUUGAUUCAGAUUGAAAGCUGUAAGUUGUCAUAAACAAGAAGUACAAGCAUUUUUCACUGUAAACUUUAAGCUUUUACGAUUUACUUUCCCGGCAUGGCCAAAUUACACCUGACUAUGAGACAGAAGGUGAUCAUUCAUGAAGAAAAUCAAUUAUGUAUGUGUUUUCUCAGUAUGAGCAGAGCCUACUGCGGAUCUUUCUGAAAGAGAUGUUAAUAACUUUAAAAGACAAUGUUGCACUUUGAGAUUCAUUGCAUUUUUCUAUUGAAAAAAACCAUUGUUAAUGAUGACCAUCUGUGGUAUUUUGUUUUGUACCUAAACUGUGGAUAUUCUAGAAAUAUGUAUGUUUCUAACACCUGAUUCACUUGAGUUUUGUACUAUUAAUGAAGCACAUCUUUUUAACAGUGUUAUUAUCUUUGUUUUCUGUAUAAUUACAGAAUGAUGUACAUAAUACUAUAUAUAUUAAUGUUUUAAUACCUGUAGCCAUGACUGACAUGCUAGCAAUCUUUUUGGUGAAAAACAAAUAAAAUUAAUUUAUUGUUUCUGUAAGA